UGCCCCCUGCUCGGCAUCCGGAAGCCUGGCUGCCCUUCACCCACCCUGCUCGGUCCCCUGGGUGGGAUUUAUGACUGACUGCCCUGCCGCCUGCCCCAGGGCAGUAAAUCAGGGCAGAGCAGAGCAGGAACCACCCCCAGGUGCAGCAUAUAACAGGGGAAGGGCUCGGGGAGCCACAAGCCUUCCGUGGAUCCCAGAGACAGCCUCAGACUGAGGGGAUAAUGGACGGGCACAGAAUGCCUCGCUGGGGACUCCUGCUGGUGCUCUGGGGCUCCUGCACCUUCGGUCUCCCGGCAGACGCCAAUGGCUUCCAAAGGAUCUUCCUCAAGAAGAUGCCCUCCGUCCGGGAAAGCCUGAAGGAGCGAGGUGCAGAUGCGGCCAGGCUCGUCGCUAAAUGGAACCUGUCCAAGACACUGUCCUUGGGCAACAGCACCUCCCCCGUGGUCCUCACCAACUACCUGGACACCCAGUACUAUGGUGAGAUUGGCAUCGGCACGCCAGCCCAGACCUUCAAAGUCGUCUUUGACACGGGUUCAGCCAACCUCUGGGUGCCCUCCACCAAGUGCAGCCCUCUCUAUACCGCCUGUGAGAUUCACAGCCUCUACGACUCCUCAGAGUCCUCCAGCUACAUGGAGAAUGGGACAGAAUUCGCCAUACACUACGGAUCGGGGAAGGUCAGAGGCUUCCUAAGCCAGGAUGUGGUGACUGUGGGCGGAAUCACAGUGACGCAGACGUUUGGCGAGGUUACCGAGCUGCCUGUGAUUCCCUUCAUGCUGGCCAAGUUCGACGGGGUUCUGGGCAUGGGCCUCCCUGCACAGGCUGUCGGAGGGGUCACGCCUGUCUUCGACCACAUCCUCUCCCAGAGAGUGCUAAAAGAAGACGUCUUCUCUGUCUACUACAGCAAAAACUCUGAGAAUUCCCAUGUGCUGGGGGGUGAGAUUGUGCUGGGGGGCAGCGACCCCCAGUAUUACCAAGGACAUUUCCACUAUGUGAGCGUCAGCAGCACUGGCUCCUGGCAGGUCAAAAUGAAAGGGGUGUCCGUGAGGUCGGCCACCUUACUCUGCGAGAACGGCUGCAUGGCAGUGGUGGACACUGGCACCUCCUACAUCUCAGGUCCCACCAGCUCCCUGCGGCUGCUUAUGGCGGGGUCUUUGGGAGCUGGGCACCGAGGAAAGCUUCCCUUACUGUUCCCUCAGUACGUGGUGAACUGUAAUGAGGUGCCCACCCUCCCCGACAUCUCGUUCCACCUGGGAGGCCAUGCCUACACGCUCACCAGUGCUGACUACGUGUUGCAGGACCCCUACAGUAACGACGAGCUGUGCACCCUGGCCCUUCAUGGCCUGGACGUCCCUCCGCCCACUGGGCCUAUCUGGGUCCUGGGCGCCAGCUUCAUCCGCAAGUUCUACACGGAGUUUGAUCGGCGGAACAAUCGCAUUGGCUUCGCCUUGGCCCGCUAAGGCCCCUGCUGCCUUGCAGCCCUGCCCUCAGCCCCAGCCCAGGGCUGGAACGUGCUCGGGGAGUCCCCUCUGCCUGAACUUGUGCCCUGACUGGGGACACUGGGUGGAGAGCUCCUUCGGGACACCUACCCCACCCAUGAACCAGCCCUCCAUUGCUUUGAAGACAAACAAUAAAGACUUCAUGUUAAC